AUGUACCAAGAUCGUCUAUUAUACUUUCCUACAAUCCCUGGUUCCUCUAGAUUCACAAAAGAUAACCCUCCAGGAUAUCGACACCCAGGAGAGUUUUCCAUUCAUUAUGAAGACCUCAUGAUUCCAUGCAAGGAUGGUGUGAAGAUUCAUGCGUGGCUCAUGAAGCAAAAAGAUCACAGGAUUCAUCCAACACUUAUUUUCUUCCAUGGCAAUGCCGGAAAUAUUGGCUAUCGUCUGCCUAAUGCCGUGCAGUUGUUUAGGAAACUGGGGGUGAAUAUUCUGCUUGUAGAUUAUCGAGGAUUCGGUCAUAGUGAAGGAAAACCGUCAGAGGAAGGAAUCCAACUAGAUGCAGAGGCUGCUCUAGACGCCAUGUAUGCUCGCACGGACAUUGACACGUCGAAGCUUGUGGUGUUUGGCCGAUCGUUAGGUGGAGCGGUAGCUGUCUACCUUGCUAAGAAAGAGCCUACGAGGGUGGCUGCCGUUGUCCUGGAAAACACAUUCCUGAGCAUAUCAGCCAUGGUCGACGCACUAAUGCCAUUCCUCACGUACGUCAAGCCGUUGGUAUUGAGGAUGAACUGGAACAGUGAGCAAGAUAUUGAAACGAUAAAGCAGCCGAUCCUUUUCAUUGCUGGAAUGCAAGAUGAACUGGUGCCUCAUUCCCAUAUGGAAAGACUGCGUUUACUUGCGACUGCAAGCCAACACGUGAUGUGGUAUCCUGUUCCUGAUGGUACACAUAACGACUCAUGGCUGCGUGGAGGUAGCACUUACUUUUCCAAGUUGCGAAAGUUUCUGAAUACACUGAGUAGUGACACCACAUGCUUGGGUCCUGACUCCGAGUCUUCAGUGGCUGAACGUGUCACCCCUCCUGCUGACGAAAACGCUAUCCCAACUAUGCUCGAUCAACCAUUGGUCCAUUCUCUUCAGAAAAUGCAAAAUAAGCCCAAGGUUGCAUAA